AUGGAUCCUGAAGAUUUCAACAUCUUCAGCACCUCACGGAAGCUAAUCAGUUCUCUUCAGUAUCCUGAUGAUCUGGACGUGGAUCAUUCAGACAUUCAAAGUCCAGUACGGUCUCGCCAGAGCAUUAAACUCAGAAAGCAGUUUCCAAUCAUGGCGGCGGAAACGAUGUCAUCAUCAACCGUCGUAUUCAGUGAAGAAACGACACCUCAAACACAGAUGAUAAUGGGUGAGAAGAAGAAGAAGAUUAAGAAGAUGAGCUAUGCCAAACUGGUUAUUGCGAUAUCUUUUGUGGCGGUGGUGCUAUUUACAAGUGUGAGUGUGAUGAUGUUGAUGCAGAAUCAAGAUGGUGAUGUUGGUUACUACACUGUUCCAACAUGA